CUAGCUGCAUACCAGGAAGUAACUGUCAACUGUCCUCGGACGGCGGAUCAAAACAUUGUACAAUGUCCUGGUCAAGCUGGUUAAGCUGCUGUUCAAAAGGAGAAACAGAGUAUACAACAGUCUCUAAUGAUGAUAAUCCAGUCACAAGACAACCGCAAGCUACUAGAAUGAGAGACGUGGACCAGUCUCCCAAUAUUCCUCAGCCAUCACAUACAAGUAACGAGCAUGCGCAGACACAACCAAGGACAGCAAAUUCCACCCAACCUAUCCACAAAACACAGAUUCGACCCAGGUCGAGGGAAAAUGAAUUUAAAGGGGAAAGCACGGCACCAGUCUCAAAUAAAAAACAGUACAAUACAGAGCAUGGUCUAACAAUUACGUGCUAUGUUGGUGACGUCACCAGAGCCAAGGCAGAAGGAAUUGUGACUGGAGAAGGACGUGGCAUGACGAAACCUAGCAUGGUUACAAAAGCCCUCUGUCAGCUUGCUAAGAUCAACUAUAGUCAUUUACGUGAGAGUAUUGACAAUAAGUAUCGCACAUUGGAUCUGCAAAAUGGAGAAGUGUACUUCGUUGAGACUAACAGCAGUCAGAUUCUGUUAGACUUCAGAAUAAUAUUCCUGGCGGUAGUGUCGAGAUUCAACACAGAGAAGGAAGGAUACUGGAGGGGACAGGUGGAAGACCUGUACACAAAGAUUUUACAAGAAGCAGAGAAGGCACAUUUAAAAUCUGUUGCCAUACCUCUGCUUGGAACAGGGAAUAUAGGGGCUCCUCUUGAACUUGCUGUUGAUGCCUUACUAUGGGCACUCUUCAAAUUUGCACCCAAGUACCUGACAGAUGUUCUGGUUGUGAGUUUCCAUGACAACGUCAAUGCUUUGAUUCAACAGCGGUGCCAAGGAUUCUUUUCUGAAAAGUCUCGAAAUGACAAACGGCAUGAAGCUCUGUAUAACGCUGAUAAAGAGAGACCGCAAGAAGCUCUGAUCCACGAUGUACCCGUUUCCAGCAGGGCACCUUUGGCUAGUUGUCCUCGUGAGAAUAAAAGACAGAUGGCAGGUGGACCAGAUGUAUCUGAAGGAAUGUACAGAAACCAAGUGAACACAACUGACCCUCCAAGAGAUAUUUCUCAAAUCCAUGUCACGGUUGAGAAAUCCAAGACAUCCCAACAGCCAUCGUAUUCUAGGCCCAGCUACGACGAGAAUGAGUCCAGGACACGUAACUCUAACAUAGAGAGACCCCAACAGCCAUCGCAUUCUAGGCCCAGCUACGAAGAGAAUGAGUCCAGGACACGUAACUCUAACAUAGAGAGACUUCAGCAGAGCGUGUCCAGCUCUGGCAGUAAAGACAAAGGCAGCUCGGCCCAUGAUGCUACUUCACAUAUCGAUACUGCGAUCCAAAACAAAGAGGAAUACAUCACGGUAAACACUCUGACCAUUAUGUGCUACAUCGGUGACAUCACCAGAGCCAAGGCAGAAGGAAUAGUGAUUGGAGAAGGGCGAGGUAUGCUGAAGCCUGGCAUGGUGAUGAAAGCUCUCUGUAAUCUUGCGAACAUCAACUAUGAGUUCUUGCGCGACAGAGUCUACAAUAAGUAUGACACGCUAGAUUUUAAGAGUGGAGGCGUGUACUUUAUUGAGACCGAAAGGUGUCACACUGAGUUACAGUUCAAGAUAAUACUGAUGGCGAUAGUCUGGAGAUUUCACGACGGGGAUGACACCACCACCUGGAAGAGACGCAUGGAAAAACUGUACACGGAGAUCUUGCGUGAAGCAGACGAAGCAGGGUUACAAUCUGUUGCCAUACCUCUUCUAGGAUCAGGGAAUGCAGGUGCUCCUCUCGAUCUUGCUGUUGACACAUUAUUACAGUCACUCUCCAGAUUUGCACCCAAAUGUCUGCAACGUGUUUUGGUUGUGAGUUUUCAGCAACAUUUCCAUGCCAAGAUAGUACAGCAGUGUGAAGAGCUCUUUUCUGACGAAGCUAAGGCUCUGAAUAGGAAACUGCGUGCAGAAACCGAGAAAGGGAGAUCACUCCGAGAUGCUCAGAUACACGAGCCACCUGCAGCUCUCACUAGUGUUUCCUAUAGUACUGAAGUGAGGAUGUCAAGUGGAGUAGAUAUGCAUGGAGGAGCCCGCAAGAAACAAGAAACAGCAGCUGCCACUCGACAUGUUGUUUCAGAAACCACCAGCACUGUAGUACAGAGCAAACAUCCCCAAGAAUCUACAUAUUCACGCUACACAGAGAAAGAGUCAAGGGCACUUAACUCUACACAGGAGAGAUCCCAACAGAGUAGGUACACAGAGGAAGAGUCAAGGGCACUUAACUCUACACAGGAGAUAUCCCAACAGAUUAGGUACACAGAGGAAGAGUCAAGGGCACUUAACUCUACACAGGAGAGAUCCCAACAGAGUAGGCACAGCUCUGGCAGUAGGGAUGAAAACAACAGCAGAAGCCGCUGUGCUGGUCCACAUGUCAGUACGUCAGUCCGGUGUGAAAAGGAAUAUGACACACAUAAUGCUUUGGCCAUCACGUGCUACGUUGGUGACGUCACUGAUGCCGAGGCAGAAGGAAUUGUGACAGGGGAGGGAUUCGGAAUGACCAACGCCAGCAUGGUGACGAAAGCCCUCUGCAGUCGGGGAGGAAUUGAUUAUCGACAGCUGGGAACUCUGGUGAUUGACAAGUACGGCAACACCGACUUGCUGAGUGGCGAGGUUUACUGUCUGGAAACACGCUUGUGUGGGAUUCAGCUUCAUUUCAGAGUCAUCUUCCUGGCUAUUGUCUUGAGAGUGAACCACGCACGCAAUACCAGGGACUGGAGGAGACACACUGAAGACCUCUACAUGACAAUCUUGGCCGAGGCUGAUAAGCAGAAAUUGCAAUCUGUUGCAAUGCCUCUUCUAGGGUCAGGACGAGCAGGAGCUCCUAUCGAUCUUGCUGUUGAUGCGUUAGUACAGGCACUCUCCCAAUUCAAACCCACUUGUCUGAAACGUGUUCUUGUUGUGAGUUUCCAAGAAGAGGUCCAUGAUAACAUAGUACGGCAGUGCGAAGGGAUGUUUUCUGAAGAGGCGAAGGCUGGGAACAAGCAUGUAAGAGAGCCUGCACGUGAUUUCAGACAGAAAUCUGUUGAAGAUACCAAUAUCCCUGACCUAUCUAUUUCCGACGGCACAGCUGCCCAUUCUGAGGUUGGUGACAGAAAAGUAAAUUGGAACCGUUUGGCAGAAACACAGAUUGCACCCACUAGCCAUGGUUUACAGGAUCGGCUGAAUAAAACCAUGUUUGAGACAAGUGAAGUGAGAAGCAAAGAACCGGUGACAUUAGCUGACGUUUCGUCAACUAGCCAUACCAAAUCGAAACCUUUGGUUGACGGAGAACGUGACAUGCGUACCACAUCGUCAGAUACCGCUGGUGUUACAGAUGGUAGAGUAGCAUCCGAUGUAGCAGACGACCAAAUGAAACUGAGGUCGUCCGUGUCAACCCAUCAAGAAAAUCUUCGCCAUGCUUCAGAAUUAAAUGAUUCUUCACAGCAUACAAAGGAAGAAAAGACAACUCAACCAACGUCUCCAGCCUCUGCGUCCACUGAAGAAGAAAUUGAGCAUGAAAAGACAGCAGCAAAACAAGCAUCCACUUCUGUCCUCAAUGACCACAAAGACGAGCAGACGGACGACCUUGCCACAGGAAAGACAACUGACCAAAGUUCUACCGUUUCCAUGACAACUACACCCGAUACCUGUGCUAUCUGCAUGGACGAGAUCACCAACUCUAAACGUCUGAGUAAAUGCGGCCACACGUUCUGCACGGACUGUAUCGACAACUGUUUUAAUAACUUCAAGCCUGUCUGUCCCACCUGCAACAUGGUGUAUGGAAUCCUCACCGGGGACAUGCCUCCUGGGACAAUGAGUGACAAGGUCAUUCCUGACAUCAGUUGUCCUGGUUACGAAGGUCACGGGGUCAUCGUCAUUGACUACUAUUUUGAAGAUGGAAUACAGACGGACCAACACCCGAACCCAGGCAAGCCGUAUCACGGAACUAGACGAAGAGGGUUUCUUCCUGACACCGACGAGGGACGAUCCAUACUCCGCUUGCUAAAAAUAGCCUUCGACCAGAAGCUGACGUUUACGGUUGGUCGCUCGACCACAACCGGAAGGGAAGACAUGGUGACGUGGAAUGAUAUUCAUCACAAGACAAACACGCAUGGAGGACCAACCAGGUUUGGAUACCCAGACCCAACGUAUUUGUCACGAGUUAGAGAUGAACUGGCCAGCAAGGGAGUGACGGAAUAGCAAGUCUGAACUCUUAACUGGCCAGCAAGGUUGUGACGGAAUAGCAAGUCUGAACUCUUAACUGGCCAGCAAGGUUGUGACAGAAUAGCAAGUCUGAACUCUUAACUGGCCAGCAAGGUUGUGACGGAAUAGCAAGUAUGAACUCUUAACUGGCCAGCAAGGUUGUGACAGAAUAGCAAGUCUGAACUCUUAACUGGCCAGCAAGGUUGUGACGGAAUAGGAAGUCUGAACUCUUAACUGGCCAGCAAGGUUGUGAUGGAAUAGGAAGUCUGAUCUCUUCACUAAACAAAACUGUUAGCUGUUUUUAUGACACUGUCUUGAAUUUGCUGUCAUUGUUAACUGUGUGUUGCAGGCCGUCAAGUAUCCUACUUUUUCCUAUUUAUUUCAACAAAAAUAUUAUGAGUACCUAUUUAGCCCUCUUUUUGAUGAAAAUUCUUAUUUUUUCCCCCUUUUUUUCACUUUUGACCAGUUUCAUAUUUGUUUUGUUUUGUUGUUGUUUUUUGUGGGGUUUUUGGCGACACCAUAUUUUUUCUCUUUACACCAUUUGCUCCAGAUGACUUGCUAUGAGGCAUAUUGUAAUAUCUGUGACAUGGUCAUUGAAAUCUGAAUGUGCAGAUGGGAUGCAUGGUUACAGGCUUCCAGUUAUUAAUUUUUACAAUGCAAUAUAAAGUCCUCUUAUUUAUAAUUUCUGAAUUUAUGGAUAUGUUUUAGUUUUUUGGUAAUAUCUGAUCUUUUUGAAUGCUCAAAACUAGAAGGUUGAAGGGAUAUGGCAACCCUUUCAGUCUAGGCCUAGUGACUUUGAGCUACAUACUAAUUAUUUCUUUAGUUCAUUAUCUGCAGGUAAUGGUGCUUUCGAGUUAGCUUGCAUGCUGUUGCUGCAGUGAAGCCUGAUAAUUAAUGAAUGAAUAAUAAUAAUAAUAAUAAUAAUAAUAAUAAUAAAUUCUUUAUUUAGUGAGGGUAACACAGUUAGCAAAAGCUAAUCUUCCCUGAGGCCCUCAGGUACAAACAAUACAG